AUGGAGAGUGACGCCUCUUCCUCCCCUCUCCUCUUCCUCCCCUCUCCUCUUCCUCCCCUCUCAUCUCUCUCCACUCUUAGCCCUCUCUUCUCCUGCUGUAUCCGACCCCGAACCCCCCGCUGGGAGCUGUCUCUGGGAUGUCACGCGUCCAUUUUCACUGAGGAGGCUGCACAUAACGCGUGUGUGGGAGUGCGUGUGCGUUUUUUUUUGGAUGCGCUCCGAGACUGGGGUGGUGGGCCGAUCGUGCGGUGUGGGCUCAGGCGGACGCACGCUGCAAACGUCGCGUACAUGCAUUGGAUUUACGCCUGGUCGGUGUCAUGCAGAGUCGGCUCCACCUUGCUCCGUGAAGACGCGCUCCUUCCCUGUCCCUCUGCCUGGCUGUCAGACAUCUUCAAGCGAAAAGCAGCGAGUGUGGCCAUGACAGGCGGCUGUGACAUUGACUCGUAUUGA